AUGGACUCAAAGUUAACAAGUACAAAGCCAGUUUUGCCCGUCGGCAGGGUAAACACAAUUAUGAAAAGUUCCUCAGAUGUUGAAAUUGUGAGUAAAGAAUCUUCAGUUAUCAUGUCGAAAGCUGCUGAACUGUUUAUAAGAUCUCUCACCCAAGAAGGGUAUAGUGAAACAAACCAAGGCAGAAAACUAGAUUACAAACAUUUGUCCAACGUGGUUCAUUCCGAUGAGAAAUAUAAUUUCUUAAGAGAUAUUCUGCCUAAGAAAAUAACAGUUCUCGAGUUCAAAAAGAUCAUGGCCAAGAAAGAAGCUGCUGAAAGGGGCAGUGAUGGAGAAGACAGUUCAUCGGAGGAAGAAUCAAGUAGCGAGGAAAGUAAUAGUUCAAAAAGUUCGGAUGAUUCACAGAAACAUUAA